GCCCGCCGUUCUGCUCGCUCGCUCCCCGCUCUGGAGUACGUGUCUGGCUUGGGAGCCGCUCGGACGCGCUGGCUUCGGUUUGUCGCUCCCAAGUUCGGAAAGCCGGGGGCGCAAGGGGGGAGGGGGGCAGGGUGGGGGUCGCGCGGGGCCGGGAACGCGCGUGGGUCGACGCCGCGCGGGGACGCGGGAGCCCCGAGAAUGGGGCGUGGCCGCGCGGGGCUGUGACCCCAGCAGUCCCAGCGGGGCGGGGGCCCAGGCGAGCGUCCGGCUUGGGUUCCCUUCCGGAGCCUCGCAGCGGCAGAGAACGGCGACGCGGCCGGGUGAGUCGUGCGUGGCCGCGAGCCCGGCCGGUGACGCCGCGGACCCGGGGACCCCCGGCGCACAGGCCCAGCGCCCACGGAAGAGGCGGCCGGCGCGGGAUGGGGGCGGCGCAGAGCCUCCCGGGCCACAGGUCUGCCAUCAUGGAUGUUCUCGCAGAAGCAAAUGGCACCUUUGCCUUAAACCUUUUGAAAACGCUGGGUAAAGACAACUCGAAGAAUGUGUUUUUCUCACCCAUGAGCAUGUCCUGUGCCCUGGCCAUGGUCUACAUGGGGGCAAAGGGAAACACCGCUGCACAGAUGGCCCAGGUACUUUCUUUCAAUAAAAGUGGCGGUGGUGGAGACAUCCACCAGGGCUUCCAGUCUCUUCUCACCGAAGUGAACAAGACUGGCACACAGUAUUUGCUUAGGACGGCCAACAGGCUCUUUGGGGAAAAGUCUUGUGAUUUCCUCUCAUCUUUUAGAGAUUCCUGCCAAAAAUUCUACCAAGCAGAGAUGGAGGAGCUUGACUUUAUCAGCGCCGUAGAGAAGUCCAGAAAACACAUAAACACCUGGGUAGCUGAAAAGACAGAAGGUAAAAUUGCGGAGUUGCUCUCUCCAGGCUCAGUGGAUCCAUUGACAAGGCUGGUUCUGGUGAAUGCUGUCUAUUUCAGAGGAAACUGGGAUGAACAGUUUGACAAGGAGAACACCGAGGAGAGGCUGUUUAAAGUCAGCAAGAAUGAGGAGAAACCUGUGCAAAUGAUGUUUAAGCAAUCUACUUUUAAGAAGACCUAUAUAGGAGAAAUAUUUACCCAAAUCUUGGUGCUUCCAUAUGUUGGCAAGGAACUGAAUAUGAUCAUCAUGCUUCCGGACGAGACCACCGACUUGAGAACGGUGGAGAAAGAACUCACUUAUGAGAAAUUCGUAGAAUGGACGAGGCUGGACAUGAUGGAUGAAGAGGAGGUGGAAGUGUCCCUCCCGCGGUUUAAACUAGAGGAAAGCUACGACAUGGAGAGUGUCCUGCGCAACCUGGGCAUGACUGAUGCCUUCGAGCUGGGCAAGGCAGACUUCUCUGGAAUGUCCCAGACAGACCUGUCUCUGUCCAAGGUCGUGCACAAGUCCUUUGUGGAGGUCAACGAGGAAGGCACGGAGGCUGCAGCCGCCACAGCUGCCAUCAUGAUGAUGCGGUGCGCCAGAUUCGUCCCCCGCUUCUGCGCCGACCACCCCUUCCUUUUCUUCAUCCAGCACAGCAAGACCAACGGGAUUCUCUUCUGCGGCCGCUUUUCCUCUCCGUGAGGACAGGGCAGUCUUGGUGUGCAGCCCCUCUCCUCUCUGUCCCCUGACACUCCACAGUGUGCCUGCAACCCAAGUGGCCUUAUCCGUGCAGUGGUGGCAGUUCAGAAAUAAAGGGCCCAUUUGUGGGAUGCCGCAUUCA